CUUUCGCAUAAGCUGUUUGAGCUUGAUUCUCGAGCCAGCUGGAAUUCAGACAAGCCACAAUACCCGCCUAGCAACAAGACUAUCUGUUUUUCCGUUCCGAAUUAGUUCCAUGAGGCUUAAUAGAUAUGUAGGAGUACACGAUCAUUGGCCUCUAACACCUUUCCAAAGUGUCUCUGCUCCAGGAGCGGUCAGUGAGCAUUUAGUGUGUCCUGGAGCUUUAAUUGAUGUGUGGGGAUCACACAGUGGGUGCUCACGUGAGACAACAGGCAGUUCGCAGAAUAAUGCGACAGUUAUACAUCUACACGACUAUGUAUCCCAUAACAGAUCCUCUCCAAGGAGCGCCUUGACGAGUGCAGAAUGCAGCCAGUGGACAAGUCGAACAGAGGAACGAUCAAGUGGGAGCAAAUUAACACCGCUCUUUUAUAGAAGUUUGGAUGCAAACGGGGGGUGUUCCGGUGGCCUCCGGAAUGAGGCGAAUCUUUUUUGUGAUCAGUGCAUUUGCAAAAGUGAGGCGCCAAGCGCAAGCGACUCCCAUUCCUUCGUACGCCCCUUCGAUGCUUUGCAGUGUCGUCAAGGUUCCAGCCACCUCAGGAUCCUCUCUUUGUGCGCAAUACGGGGAAUCCUCUGUCGCCUUUUCCGCAGGUUUCAAACCAAAUUGAACAUCUGCUGAAAUCCAAAGAAGCUUUAAAACAUCACCACCACCGGCCGAUCCUGAUCCCGGGUAUCGCUUAAGAUAUCAAGAGCUUAUUCCACCUCCUGUACUGGUCCCCUUGGAACUUGCAGGGGGGUUAACCCGGGUAGACUACAAAACACAAUGUCGCUGUGAUUA